AUGGGCAGCACGGCAUGGACCCACCACCUGGCCAAGUCCCAGCUCUACGCUGUGCUAUCCCAGGCUCUGCUCGGCGCUGCUGUGGGCGACGUCACCGUCGCCCGCAUGCCCGCAGGGAAAGGGGAUGCCCGUGUGCUGAGCUCCAGGAUUGCUCACCAGCAGCAGCAGCGGCAGCAGCAGCAGCAGCAGCAGCAGCAGUCAAGUCAGCAGGAGAAUUCAACCCAGCAGCAGCAGCAGCAGCAGCAGCAGCAGCAGCAGCAGCAGCAGUUGUUGGGAGUGGCAGUGGGUGGUGGUAUGCCCGGUCUGACAGGAUUGGCAAGAGCAAUGGAGCGGGAUGGUGCAGGGUCUUCCAGUGGGCGGCGCAGCAACAUCAGCGUUCUGGUGCGCAGUCUUUCCAAGCGAGAGGGCGUUGCUGGUGCCUCUGCCACUGACCUUCUCUCCUCCAUGUCCCGUAGCAAUUCCCGCCACGAACUGCCUGGAGUAGCAGCAGCAGCAGCAGCAGCAGCAGGAGGAGGAGGAGGAGCAGGAGUGGGAACAGCAGGCAUAGCCGAAGCGGCGGGGGGGGCAGCAGGGGGGGCUAUGAUAACUGUCAGCGGGGGUGGGGUGAUUGUGAGGAGUGGGUCCAGCUCGCAGGACGUACCAGUGCCACCACCUGCAGCAGCAGAGGCGACAGCAUGGGCCUCAGCCAUAGGCGCGUACAGCCUCGCUAGAAGCAGCUCGCGCCGCGAGAUCGUCCCCGACUCGCCACACGCCCCUGUUUCCAUGGGAAACCCCGGCCUGUUUUCUCGAAGCAGCUCACGCCGCGAGAUCGUCCCGGACUCACCCCGGCCCGUAUCAGGGGGACUAGGAGCGGUGCUAGCAGCAGGAGUACCGGGAACGCCUGUGACCCGGCCCGGGAUAUCUCGCAGAGAGAUCGUACCCGACUCACCUCUCACCUUCUCCAGGAGUGCUUCUCGCCGCGCUGCUCCUGCAGACUCCCCCGCUUCUUCCGCCCUCUCCACCUCCCCCUCUGCUGCUGGGCUCCCCAGCUUGCCCGGCCCCGGCAGCCUGGGCGGCUUCUCCUUGUCCCGUAGCGGCUCCCGCCGCGACCUCUCAGGUGAAUUCUCAGGUGUUUUGCCGGUCGUGCGGCAGUCCAUGUCGCGAAGCUCGUCGCGGAGGGAGAUCGUGGCGGAGAUCGAAGGGGAGCUGGCAGCGGCGGGGCUACCAGGGUCGCUUUCCCGCUCCCUCUCCCGGUCGCUCUCUCGGAGCGCGUCGAGGAGGGAGCGGUGGAACGAUGGGAGUAGUCACUUUGGAGGAGGGGUUGUGGAGGCUGAGGUGGUGUCUCGUGCUGAGUGGCCGCCCCGGCUAGAGGACCAUGUCACCUGGGCUGCUGCUGCUGCUGCUUCUGCUGAUCGCCACCUGGCGAUCCUGGUGCGCGUGGAGGCGCACAGGAGGGAGGACUCGCUCAGGCUUCUGCUGAGAUCCGAUGCCGUGCAGGACAUCAUUGCUUGGCUGACCUCGCCGCACUGGUAA